AUGAGUGUCAUUGAUCAAAAUCAAUGUAGUAAAAUGACCCUCAGCGUCAUAAUAGUUAUCAGUGCAUUAGCAAUAUUUUCAGCUGGAGAAUGUGCAUGGUCUGAUGCUCAAUAUCUGGUACCAAAAGGCGGUAUUAUCCUAUGGAGCGGUACUGAAAAUCGAAUUCCUAAAGGAUGGGUAGUUUGUGAUGGUACACAUGGAUCACCUGAUUUACGUGACAGAUUUGUUAUUGGUUCAGGUGGUGGUGCAACAAAUAAACCAUUUAGUAGUGGUGGUCUGGCGUCAGUAACUCCUUCAGUUACUGUUCAGGAUACUGCAUUAACUGAAGCACAAAUGCCGAAUCAUAAUCAUGGUAGUGAAACAGAAAUUGAAGAUAAUGAAAAUAUUUACUAUGAUGCUAGAUCCGUGCCGGAGUGGUAUGUCUCAACUUCUGAAAACUACAAAGUGAGAACAGAUCGAUGGCUACAAGUACGAGUUAAUCAUUGGUCCAACUGCACAAAGUGUCAACAUACACAUAAAAUCCACUCAAAUGGUGGAAAUCAACCGCAUACGCAUAUAGCAACGUCUUCCGAAAUUAGUUUAAAUCCACCAUUUUACGCACUCAUUUAUAUUAUGAAAUUGUAA